ACUUCCUGCCGGCGACGGUGGAGGGAGCAGCAGAGAGGAGUGGAGUAGAGACAAAGGGGAAAGAGAGAAUGAAAUAAACCGAGGACAGAGGGACAAGGCUCAGUCCCGCGGUCGCUGUGGAGCGUCUGCACGUGGCCUCUCUUCUGCCGGACGUCCUGACCCUGGCGAUGCUGGUCGCCCUCGUCCUCGUGGCGCUCAGCCUUGGGCCCUGCGGCGGGGUGUACUUCAUCACCACACCUGGUUACUGGCGUCAGGACGACACCAACCAGGUGUGCGUGCACGUGUCCGAGUCGUCCUCCCCUGAGGGUUCCCUGCUCGUCCAGCUGAUCCCCAAGGAGUGGUCCAAGAACGUGUCGGAACCGAUCGCCGACUUCACCUUCUCUGUGCCCGCAGGCAAGGGCGUCACCUGCAGGGAAGUGGUCACCGGCGAAACUGAAGCCUACAGCGGCCACUUGACCAUGACUGGCUCCGUCGAAGGCUCUGACGUCAGCGUGGAGGAUGUAAUCCGUUUUUUGAAACGUUCGACUAAGAAGACCUUCAUCCAGACGGACAAAUACCUCUACAGACCUGGCCACGACGUCCAGUUUCGGAUACUUUCGCUCGAGGGUCCGUUGCUUCGAAUCAGCACGAGGGAGUACGACGAGGUUUGGAUAACGACGCCGUCUGACAUCCGAAUUGCGCAGUGGAAAAAUGUCGACAAUGCCAACGGCCUUGUGCACUUGUCCAUGACACUGGCAGACGAACCUGAACACGGUACAUACCGAAUAUUCGUGAGGAAGCAGGAUUGCACAGAUUCCACUACAUUUAAAGUUGAAGAUUACGUUUUGCCACGGUUCGAAGUCACUCUCACGCCCCCAAAAUAUAUAUUAGCGACUGAUGACACAAUUAAGUACACCGUAUGUGCCAAGUACACGUUCGGCCAGCCUGUGAGAGGCGAGGCAACGUUAAUUGUGAACAAUGAAGAAAGUGGACUGUGCCGCACUCGGGUCAAUAAAACGUUACCGAUCUCCGGUUGCCAGGACUUCGAGCUGACGUCGGAGGAGCUGCAGAUCCAGGACUGCAACGUGUACAGACUGAAUGCCGAGGUCGAGGUGAAGGAGAAGGGAACGGAGGUCACAGCGCAGGACAUCAGUUUCACUUCCGUCACCCGCAAAGCUGUCAAGUUUCAGGCCGUCUAUAAGGAGACUUACAAGAAACCCAAUCUCCCUUAUAAGAUCAAGGUACGAGCAACUUUGCCCGACGAGUCGCCUGCCGCGGGGGUGCCAGUGGAAGUGUGUGCGGCAGGGAAAUGCGCCAACCUGACCACAGCUGAAGAUGGCCUUAUAACCGCUGUUGUAAUGUCUGACAAGGCCAACAGGAUUUUUAUGUCGACGCUUAACUGUCGUGCAGGCAUGCAUUCAGACGUUUAUUCACAAGACCUCGAACACUACUUCUCGCCCUCGAACUCAUCUCUGCUCAUCUACGCCCCCGAAGGUCGUCUGAAGUGCGUGUCAGGUCAGGGAGUCCAGCACGACCUCCAACUUCUCUUCUCCGCCACCAACCAGGUCAAAGGGACGCUGAAGAUUAUGGUUAUUUCGAGAGGAAGGAUGCAAAAGUGGUGGGAGGAAGAGGUUGAGUUCACACAGGGGCCUCUCCCAGUCGAUGCUGAACACCUCGUGGACGCCCCCAGUACCCCCACACCCCCUACCAUCACGGGCGUGGUGAACUUGUCCGUCACCCUCCCGCCCACAGCCUCGCCGAAAGCCAAGCUCUUGAUUUGGUACACGAGAGAAGACGGGGAAGUGGUGUCAGACACAAGAGAACUGGAGGUGGAGAGGUGUACUACAAGCAAGAGCAGCCUUACCUGGUCUGCCGCAGAGGGGGAGCCAGGGGAAGAGGUGAAACUGGCGCUGGUUGGAGAGCCCGAUGCUGUCUGCUCUUUGGGCGUCGUCGACAGAAGCGUAGAGUUAGCGUCGCAGGAGCCUGACCCGCUGACCCUGGACACCCUCUUCAACUACGUGGCUGACUUCGAGGUGGGGGAAACCAGAGCACAGCUGGACACUCACGAAUACUGCCUGAAAAAGCUCGAAGAAGAGAGGGCAGCGGCGGCAGAGGAAACAAUGAAAGAAGGUUAUGUGAUGCACAAUUACGCCUGGUACACGAGUCCUUACGUUGAUGCCCUCUGGAUGUUCGCCAACUCUGGCUUGCUCGUGUAUAGCAACGCCAUCAUUGAGAACAGACCUUGCGAAGCAACAGAAAAUUUUCUCAAGAUGGCGGAAGACAGAUUCGGACUCCACCCCUCGAUUACCCGGAUGAGCGGGGACGUGUCACCGAGAGACAAAUUCCCGGAGACGUGGCUGUGGGAGCUCGUCGUGCUGCCGUCAAGCGGGGUCGCCGAGAAGAACCUUCAUCUCCCGGACACGAUCACAGAAUGGGUGGGCAAAGCGUGGUGCGCCCAUCCCCAGAAGGGCUUGGGACUCUCAGAACGGGCGACUAUCACGACCUUCACCCCCUUCUUCCUUGACUUGACCCUCCCGCCCUCUGUCAAGCGCGGGGAAGUAUUUCCUGUCAAGAUCUCCAUCUUUAAUUAUCUUAACCAGUCUUUGCCGGUAACUAUUACAUUGCACGAGAGCCCCGAGUACAAAAUCAUAGAAGAUUCGACUGCAGAGGAACAAAGCAAUCAGAGGAGGUCGUGUCUCGCAGCGAGAGAUAAAGAAGUUCACACAAUCAAGAUCGCAGCUCUGGAACUAGGAGAAGUCAACCUCACUUUGUCAGCCUCAGUGGACAGCUCUUAUCCCGGGUCAUGCGCCUCCGUGGAUGGGAUUGAGAAGAGUGACGCCUUGAUCAAGCCAAUAAAGGUCGAGGCUGAAGGUUUCCCACAAGAGGAGACUUGGAGUAAAUACAUUUGCGCCGAAGACUUCAGCGAUGGCGAGGGCGCGCUGGAGACGUGGCAGCUGGAGAGACGACCAAAUAUCGUCCCGGAUUCGGACCGAGGCUGGGUCACUGUGGGCGGCGACCUGCUUGCUCUCUCCCUGGAGAAUCUAGGGUCUCUCAUCCGUAUGCCUUACGGCUGUGGGGAACAGAACAUGGUCAACUUUGCCCCAAAUAUCUACAUCCUUCAGUAUCUUAAGGGCACCAACCAAGACACACCAGAAAGCACCGAGAAACUCCUGAAGUAUAUGAAAGCAGGUUACCAGAGAGAGCUCCUGUACCGCCAUUAUAACGGGUCCUUCAGUGCAUUUGGGGAAGCUGACAAUUCUGGGUCUACUUGGCUCACUGCUUUUGUCCUCAAGUCCUUCGCUGAUGCUGAGGAAUUCAUCUACGUGGACGAGUCCAAACUGAAUGUCACCAGAACCUGGUUAAGUUCCACUAAAUUGGACCAAGAUGGCUGCGUGGUUCCUGUUGGGAAAGUAUUCAGUAAAGCUAUGAAGGGUGGUCUGGCUGGCAAACAAUCUCGUGUGCCAAUGACAGCGUAUGUGCUCAUAUCCCUCUUGGAGUCUGGAAUUCCUACGGACGCUCCAUUUGUCUUAAAUAGCAUCAAGUGCAUCCUGUCUGACGCCUCCAAUGACCCAUACAGCUUGGCUCUCAAGGCCUACGCUCUUGCCCUUGCCCAGCAUGCUAGCUCGCAACAAGUUUUACAAGAACUAAUCGGUUUGGCAACAGUGGAGGAAAACCUAAUGCACUGGGAUCUGCCAAAAGGUAGGAGUAACGCACUGGCCGUGGAAGCAGCUGGCUAUGCCAUACUGGCCAUGAUGGCUCAAGAUCCCGAGAAGUACACGCUGCAGGCGAGAAAAGUCGUCAAGUGGAUCACCACCAAGAGGAACGGAUAUGGAGGCUUCUAUUCCACGCAGGAUACUGUAGUGGCUCUGCAGGCUCUGUCGGUCUAUGAAACGCUCACACAUCGGGGUCCUCUGGAUGUGACUCUUACGAUCACAGCCACGGAUUUCUCGCAGUCCAUCUCCGUGAAGGAAGACAAUAAACUCUUACAACAAUUGGUGAAUCUCCCAGUUGUCCCCACGCCGGUCGACGUCAGUGUAAAGGGCCAAGGCUGCACUGUAGUUCAAGCGGUCCUCCGCUACAACAUCAUCAACCCCGCUCCGACGGACUCCUUCAGCGUGCGAGUGUCAGCCGCCCACGAGCCGGACUCGGGCUGCAAGCGCAUGCUCCUCAGCGUGUGCGCCGAGUACCUCCUCCCCGACGGCGAGUCCAACAUGGCGGUCAUUGAGGUGGGCCUCGUGUCCGGCUACAUCCCCGAGAAGAGCGACCUGAAGGCGGCCGUGUACAGAGACUCGAGCGUGAAGCGCUACGACGUCGACGGCCCCAAGGUGUCCUUCUACAUCGAGGAGUUCUCGCGCGAGGAGAUCUGCGUGUCCUUCGCCGCCAUCCGCGAGGUGGAGGUGGAGCAGACGGCGCCGGCAUCGGUUCUCGUCUACGAUUACUACCAGCCGGAGGCGUUCGCCAUGGCGAGCUACGAACAGCCGGCCAUAGAGGAAUGCGGUUGACAAGAGGAAUGCGCCAAAAAGAAAAA